ACACACGUACAAGGACUACUUCGUUAGGGAUGGGGUUUAAAACGGUGGAGACCCCACUACCUACUUCAUACAUUUGUGAACCUGACGGUUUAUCCAACCUCCAGUUGAUAUGCUCCACUUCAUUUCAUGUAAACAGAACGAAGAAAGGGGGCGACUCUCAGCAUAAAAAUUAGGACUUUAUAAAGAGGCAAAGAAGGACAUCAUGGGGGACAAAAGCGAAGCGUACUAUAAUUUCAAAGCAAAUUACAAUCUCCAUACGGACACUGGCCUCAGUGGUGGUGACAUAGGAGUUGUCAUUGCAUACUUCAUUGUCAUCAUCAUAGUGGGGGCAUUUGCAAUGUACAGAGCAAACAGACAGACAGUUGGCGGUUAUUUCUUGGCGGGAAGGUCAAUGCUUUGGUUACCUGUCGGUGCUUCGUUGUUUGUGAGUAACAUUGGAACAGAACAUUUCAUUGGACUGGCAGGAUCCGGGGCAGGCAAUGGGAUCAGCGUUGGUGCCUGGGAAUUUAAUGCAAUAUUGCUGCUUCAAUUGCUCGGAUGGAUUUUUAUACCUGUGUACAUAGCUUGUGGGACGUACACAAUGCCUGAAUACCUCUCUAAGCGAUUUGGCGGGAAACGGCUUCGAAUCUACUUUGCUGUUCUAUCACUUAUUUUGUACAUUUUCACAAAAUGUUCUGGAGAUCUUUUCACUGGAGCACUCUUCAUUCAGCAGUCUCUGAGAUGGGACUUAUAUCUCAGUAUCGUUAUUCUGGUGUUUGUUACGGGACUUAUGACUAUAACAGGUGGUCUUACUGCUGUCAUCUAUACAGAUACUAUUCAAGCCUUUCUUAUGGUUGGUGGUGGAUUAACAUUAAUGGGACUAGCUUUUAAGGAUGUCGGUGGAUACGAUGGUAUGGUUAGAGGUUACCAGAAAGCCAUGACAAACGAGAGUUAUCAGAUACCGAAUGCUACCUGCCACCUACCGGACAAAAACGCAUUCCGGAUGUUGAGAGAAGCGGAUGAUGAUUACAUGCCGUGGGCGGGAUUCUUGCUUGGUCAGACACCUGGAUCCAUCUGGUACUGGUGUGCCGAUCAGGUUAUCGUACAAAGGUUACUUGCAGCAAAAAGUAUUUCCCAUGCUAAAGGAGCAACACUAAUGGCGGGCUUCAUCAAGAUCCUUCCACUGUUUAUGAUGGUUAUGCCGGGGAUGAUCAGUAGAAUCAAAUACCCAGAUGAAGUUGCUUGUGUGGACAGAGACAUCUGUUACGAAGUCUGUCAAUCUUAUGCUGGAUGUACGAAUAUCGCCUAUCCCCGUCUGGUGCUAGGAAUUAUGCCAGAGGGUUUACGUGGGUUAAUGAUGGCGGUAAUGAUUGCUGCUUUGAUGAGUGAUCUCGACUCCAUUUUCAACAGCGCCUCUACUCUUUUCACUAUUGAUAUUUACAAAAGAAUCCGUAAGACUGCCAGUGUCCAAGAACUUAUGAUAGUAGGAAGGAUCUUUAUCGUAGUGAUGAUCGGGGUGUCCAUUGCAUGGGUCCCCAUUUUGAAGGAAACACAAGGGGGUCAGGUGUUUAUUUAUAUUCAGGAAAUAACUAAUUACCUGGCACCACCUUUUGCUGCUGUCUUCUUAUUGGCUGUACUAGUGCCCAUGGUCAAUGAAAAGGGUGCCUUUUGGUCUUUAAUGAUCGCGUUAUUAGCGGGUGUGAUCCGUAUGAUACUAGUGUAUGUGUACAAUGAUAGCAGCGGUGACUGUCUCAAACCCGAUACCCGUCCAGCAAUAUUGAAGAAUUUUCACUACAUGUACUUUGCUGUAUUAAUCACACUAAUGACAGCUCUGUUUGCUAUUGUCAUUAGUUAUUUCACUGGAAGGCCCACCGAAGAACAGCUCUUUCGAACAACGUACUGGACAAGACAUGCCAAAUCCAAAAACAACAAAGACGGUGUGGGCGGAGAGUUUGACAAUAUUGGAAUGUCUAUGUCGGAUAUAAAUGAAAAAGGAACAAGUAAUGGGACAAACAAACGUCAUGUUUUUAAUGUAGAAGAUGCAGAUUUAAAAAAGUACAGGGAUCCUUAUUUAGAUCAACAACAACUAGACCAACAGGACUCAGAUGAAAGUUCCUGUAAGGCUUUAUUAUUAAAAUAUCUAUGCGGAGCAGGAAAAGGUAACGAGGAGGAAGAUCUUAAAUUGAAAGAGCACAUGGCAAAGGUAGCAGAGCUAAAGCAAGACAAGAUAGCUGCAAUAUUUCUGAACAUUGGUCUUGUCUUCAUCCUGAUGAUCGGUGCUUUUCUUUACUUUUUCUGGUCGUAUUGGAAAUAUGAGCCGUAAAAAGCGUCAUGUUCUACGUUAUUUUAACAACGGUGUUUGAAUGAAGUUUUUAUCCUGACCACAGUAAAUGAGACGUCCCAUGGUUACAUGUUGAAAAAAAAUUGACCUUACGUCUUCCUAUAUUCUUUAAUUUCUGUGAACGUGGUCUACAUUCAUUUGUAAACUAUGCAAUUUACAUAUUUUUAUUUCUGUAUAAACUACAUGAUUACCUAACAAAUAAUUUCACAGAGGUUUCAGUUAUCUCAAACAUAUCUAAAGCUUAAGUUUUCUAGUUAUGUAUGUAUACAUUCUAUUCUAUUUUAUGAAUAGUGUCAUUGUAAUAUGUUACUACAUGUAUAUAUAGUAUCUUUUCUUGCACGCAAUCUUUUUUAUUGUUGCAUUGUGUUAGAAUUGUAUGUAUUUGUAUUACACUCUACCAGUUAUGUAAGCAGACAACAAAUAUGUGAUUAAGACAUAAAAUGAUGCUUUAA